CUUGCCCCAUUCCUUCCCCAGAUCCACCGAGCAACUGCCACCAUUAUUGAACCAACCGGAGAAUCAGACAAUCCCCUGCGCUUCACAUCAGGAUUAGUUGUUGCAUUGGACGUGGAUGCCACUCUGGAACACGUGCAAGACCCACAAAACACAGUGAAAGUUCAGAUCCUGUAUCCUGAUGGUCAGUCGCAGGUGAUCCAUCCGAAACCGGCAGAUUUUAGAAAUCCUGGUCCGGGAAGGCACCGGUUAAUUACUCAGGUUUACCUUUCACAUACGGCCUGGACAGAGCCUUGCCAAAUUGAACUACGUCUGUUACUGGCAUACAGUUCGGAUCGAAACAAAGCCUCCGUGGGCCUCUCGCGACCCACCUGGGGAGACAGUAUGGAGCUUCUCCCCCCAUCCGAGGGCAGCAUCGAAGGGACUCUCCUGUUCAGCAAACCAGUCAAAGUUUAUAUUAUGCCCAAGCCUGCCAGACGGUGAAGGGUGUUGUGCAAGAUAAUUUUACCUUUGGGAAGAGACUUAAGGCAGUUUCAGGAGUUGAACAGGACUUCCAUAAAGACGAUUGAAGCGCACCUAUGGUGUGAGAUAGUACCUGUUGGCCUCCAUUUUAAAAUUCUGCUCUCUUCUCUGCUUACAGAACUAUUUGAAAGGAAAGUGGUAAAAGAAGUUGUUACUCAGACUCUGCUACAGUUAUUUACUGUACGGUUGGCAGCUUCCUUAAAUGCAAAAAAGACCUUGGUCCAUCUUGCCUAACUAAGAGUUCUACAGUUGGGCAUUUCCAACAUGUCUGGAGGGGUGUCUGGUUGGGAACAUCUGAUCUUGGUCACCCUGCUUUGGCCUUUUUAAAAACUUUUAGGAUGCUGGGCAGUGUUUCUUUUAACAACUUUUUACACUUCAGUGACAUGAUGAAACAAAGUCAUCAAGCCCGGUAUCUCGGGUUGAUUUGUAUCUGGCAUUUAGACUGAACCUGGAAUGUACAUUUCCCCUUAUUUGGUUAUAUGGGGCCAGUUGAAUAAAGGGGAAAAGAAGUUGUGGGUGAUCUGGUGAAGAGAUAGAAACUUCUUGCCUGCAAAGAUGCUUUUGUAUGAGCUCCUUGUUUUUUGGUUUCAUGCAAAGAACUUGGUAGCCAGUAAUUUAAUCAAGUUUUUUCCACAUUUAUUAAAAUAAUACCAUGCCUCCUCUGGUGACAUUAUGCUGUAA